AAAGUUUGUGCAGGUGCCAGCCCGUAAUGAGCGUAACUACCACAUCAAAGGCACGCGGUGGUGUUGGUGCGCUCGAGACUAAAUCAAAAUUCGGGUAACACCCCUUCACCCGCAGUCAUUCAUGCGGGACCAUUCACAUUCAGUCCACGGAUCCGCAGAGUGGAAGGGAUGACAGACGAAGAGAGUGUUUUUCCCAAGAAGCGUGUGAGUCUGUUUUUUCCACGUUGUCCACGGAGAAUUUAACGACCCAGAGGGAUUUAUGGUUGAGAGCAGUGAAUGAGGUCAGCUCCUCAGUAUCCAGAGAUAGUGUUAUCUGGGCUUCCUCCAUCCUUCUUCUGGCUACGUGUAUCAGGUAUCCAGACUGCACAGAACAGGAUCUGCAUUCCUUACACAGUGAAUGAGGAGAAGAGGGGAUGUCGCAAGACAAUAGUUGCUGCCUAGUUUGCAGCAGGGGCUUGUAUAGCUGCCACUGGAACAAGUCAAGUACAAAUAAGAGAAAAUAUGCAUGCUGUUGGUUCUCAGUUGUCACUGUGGUCUCCCUGCUUUCCUUAUGCUGGAUGUACAUUUGUCUGGUUACUUUUAAUGACCGAGAAGAUGUUAACUGGGAGGGCUUCGCAAAACUGAAACGGUGGGUGAACUGGUUCAUGGUAGUGAUCAUCAUUUCCGCAGUGUUAACCAGCUACUGCGUUCUGCUGCUGGUCUUUGCACUGAUCCAAGUUGCUUUGAGAGAACCACUCAACUUACAUUUGCUGCAUAAGAUCUUGUUAUUUUUUGGUGUGCUAUUCAUCUCUUUUGGAGUUGUAGGAAUCAGUCUGAAGUGGCGACAAGAAUGGCCAAUUGUUCCUCUCUCACUCCAGGCCACAGCUCCUUUCUUGCAGUUUGGAGCCGUCGGAGCUUUGACCCUGCUGAGCUCGUUUGUCUUCCAGGGCUUCCACAUGGCCAAGGACAAAUACUCGAAGUUCCUGAUUGCAGUGGUGUUUGUUGUGGUGUCAGCAGCCAUCUUCCUGUGUCCGUUGCUUAUUGAUUCACCUUGUCUGAUAAAACUGCAGGAAUUACCUGAAAAGCCAAAGCUUGUUGGCCACCGAGGUGCACCGAUGCUGGCCCCGGAGAACACCAUGAUGUCAUUCAAUAGGAGCAUAGCGUGCGGCGUGACAGCCUUUGAGACAGACGUGCAGCUCAGUAAAGACAGAAUUCCCUUCCUGAUGCAUGACCAUUCCUCUGGGUUCUUGAGGAGAACGACAAACGUUAAAGAGAGGUUCCCUGAUAUUGAAUUUAGCCACAGCACCAAUCUGACCUGGGAAGAAUUACAGAGUCUGAAUGCAGGUGAAUGGUUCCUAAAGACAGAUCCUUUCCAUUCAGUGUCCCAACUCUCAAAAGAGGAGAGGGAAAUAGCAAGGAAUCAGACGAUACCUUCCUUACUUCAGCUCCUCAACCUUGCCAAGCAGCACAAUAUUUCAGUGAUAUUUGACCUACGUUGUUCCAACCCAGAAAAUGAUACAAUAGACACAGUCAGCACCAUCUUGGAGUCUGGCAUUGACCAAAGUCUGGUCCUCUGGCUUCCUCCAAAACAAAGAGAGUAUGUAAAUAUGACGGCUCCAGGCUUCAUCCAGAUCUAUAAUAAUGUAAGGGAUAUGCUUAAGGAAGGAGGGAACCACCUGAAUGUGAAGUACAGCAAGUUGACUACAUCAAAAAUCAGGGAACUUCGGAGCAAAAACAUAACAGUGAACCUAUGGGUGGUUAAUGAGCGUUGGCUGUUCUCUCUGCUGUGGUGCGCGGGAGCCAGCUCUGUUACCACCAACUCCUGCCACCUCCUACAAGACAUGAACCGGCCUGACUGGACUAUGAAACGUCUUGAAUACCAAAUAAUAUGGAUUACAGUGGACAUUGUAUCUAUUCUGAUGAUGACUGCACUCUACGUCUUUCAGUGGAAAACACACUGUUCCUGUCAAAGAAAAGGGUCAAGGAAACACAACAACAACAAUAUUUCCGCAUGGAAUGAGAAGGAACUGUCCCCGUUCUUACCCACCGUGUAGUUCAGCU